CAAAGGCAGUAUCACAAUGGCGUUGAUGUCGAUGCAGUAGGCUAAGAAAAACAAAAUAAAAACCACGAUUCAUGUAUCACGAAGUAUGUGUUCGUGCCCACAUGAAUGCAUAUAGCUUGACUGACAUUAAUAUGUGUAGAUAGAGAACGCUUGUUCGGAAGAGUUUGCUUGGAUAGAUAAUUGCAGAUGUCCAAAUAACGCCCUGUCACGGAAUGUUUACCCUCACAGAAGUAGCUUCUCUCAAUGACAUCCAGCCAACUUACCGAAUUCUGAAACCAUGGUGGGACGUCUUUAUGGAUUACCUUGGAGUUGUCAUGCUGAUGUUGGCAAUAUUUGCUGGGACAAUGCAGUUAACCAAAGACCAAGUAGUUUGCCUUCCCAUUCUGGAAUCUGGAGGAGGGCAUGGAACUCCAAAUGGCUACACCACACAGAGACCAGCAGACCCCACCGUUGCCUCAGGCAACGGAGGGAUGGUCAACAGAGUGACACUGGCGGCUGCUCCGUUGACAUCUAAAGAUGUGCCCGAGAGUGUGAUUCAGGAUAUGGAAAACAAAUACCCUGGCCAGCCACAACCCACAGGGGUCCGAACCAACCUAGAUUUUCAGCAGUAUGUCUUUGUCAAUCAGAUGUGCUACCAUGAUGCCUUGCCAUGGUAUUCCAAGUACUUUCCUUACCUAGCUCUUAUCCACACCAUUGUACUCAUGGUCAGCAGCAAUUUUUGGUUCAAAUAUCCAAAGACCAGUUCAAAAAUUGAGCAUUUUGUGUCUAUUCUAGGGAAAUGUUUUGAGUCACCAUGGACUACAAAGGCACUGUCUGAGACUGCGUGUGAGGACUCUGAAGAGAACAAGCAGAGACUCGCAGGUACAACCUCUUUACCAAAGCAUUUUUCAACCAGCAGCGAAGAGGGAAGUCCAAACCAGUCCACCCCUAUGCUAACAAAACCUGGGGUGAAAUUCUCUGCUGAGAAGCCGGUCAUUGAAGUCCCAAGUAUGACCAUACUGGACAAAAAAGAUGGGGAGCAGGCCAAAGCCCUCUUUGAGAAGGUGAGGAAGUUCCGUGCCCAUGUGGAAGACAGCGACUUGAUCUACAAGCUCUAUGUUGCUCAGACCAUUAUCAAAACUGUAAAGUUUAUCUUGAUUUUGUGUUAUACAUUAACCUUUGCGGCUGCCAUUAACUUUGAGCACCUGUGUCAGCCAGAUAUCAAGCAUUUGACUGGGUAUGCUAGAUUCCAGUGCACACAUAACAUGGCAUUCAUGUUGAGAAAGCUACUCAUCAGCUACAUUGCCCUCAUGUGCGUGUAUGGCAUGGUGUGUAUAUACACCCUCUUCUGGUUGUUCAGACGCUCCCUGAAGGAGUAUUCCUUUGAGAAAGUUAGAGAGGAGAGCAGCUUCAGUGACAUUCCAGAUGUUAAGAAUGACUUUGCUUUCCUUUUGCACAUGGUUGACCAGUAUGACCAGCUGUACUCAAAGCGGUUUGGGGUCUUUCUCUCUGAAGUCAGUGAGAACAAGCUGCGGGAGAUAAGUCUGAACCACGAGUGGACUUUUGAGAAGCUCCGCCAACACGUGACUCGCAAUGCCCAGGACAAGCUGGAGCUCCACCUCUUCAUGCUCUCUGGAGUACCCGAUGCUGUAUUUGACCUCACUGACCUGGAGAUUUUAAAACUGGAGCUGAUUCCUGAGGCCAGGAUCACAGCAAAGAUUUCCCAAAUGAUCAAUAUUCAGGAGUUGCAUUUCUAUCACUGUCCGGCCAAAGUCGAGCAGACCGCAUUUAGUUUUCUCCGUGAUCACCUCCGGUGCCUUCAUGUGAAGUUUACAGACGUUGCAGAGAUUCCCACUUGGGUAUAUUUGUUGAAGAGCUUGAAGGAAUUGUACUUAAUAGGCAACUUAAACUCUGAAAAUAACAAAAUGAUAGGUUUAGAUUCCCUACGAGAUCUCCGGCAUCUAAAGAUCUUGCAUCUUAAGAGCAACCUCACUAAGAUCCCCUCAAACAUAACUGACCUGUCUCCUCAUCUCAACAAACUGGUGGUGCAUAAUGAUGGCACUAAACUGAUCGUACUUAACAGCUUGAAGAAAAUGUUGAACUUAAGUGAGCUGGAGUUGCAUAAUUGUGAACUUGAGCGAAUCCCCCAUGCUAUUUUUAGCUUGAUUAACCUGCAAGAGCUGGAUUUAAAAUCCAAUAAUAUUCGCACCAUCGAGGAGAUAAUUAGUUUCCAGCACCUCAAGAGGUUGACUUGCCUCAAACUGUGGCAUAACAAAAUAAUCACCAUUCCGUUGUCUGUAAGUCAUGUCAAAAACCUUGAGUCACUCUACCUUUCAUACAACAAACUAGAAUCUCUACCCACGCCCUUAUUCGGCCUCCUUAAGUUGAGAUACUUGGAUGUCAGUCAUAACUCCAUUACGGUCAUCCCACUUGAAGUGGGGUUCCUGCAAAAUCUUCAGCAUUUUUCCAUCUCAAGCAACAAGGUGGAGUUGGUUCCCAAACAGCUCUUCAAGUGCACCAAGCUCAAGACUCUUUGUCUGGGUCAGAACAGCAUCUCUGCCAUUCCUGAGAAAAUAGGCCAGUUAGUUCAGCUCUCACACCUGGAGCUGAAAGGAAACUGUUUGGACCACCUCCCAUUCCAGCUGGGGCAAUGUCGCCUCUUACGGAAAAAUGGCCUCAUCGUUGAAGACCAUCUUUUCGACACUCUGCCUCUUGAAAUUAAAGAAAACAUCAAUCAGGAAUCCAAUAUGAGCUUUGCAAAUGGGGUAUAGGUGCCAUGAAGCUGAUUGAUCUCUUGUCUUUGGUUAGUAUGUCAUUUUAGCCUUGUUUGAUGCCAUCACAGAGAGGGCACAAGCUCACAUGCAUAUAAUUCUGGUCAGAAUUCAUUGGAAGGCUUGGUGCGCAUGGAUGAUUCUAUGUGAAUAGAUGGAUAGUUCAACUUGCAGGACAAAUAGCCAUUUGCUGAAAAGUGCAGAUUCCAUCUUGCUUUGGGAAUUGUCAGAACACUGGCAUUUUGGGUUCUGCUCCCAGUAGUUACAAUGGGCCUCAUGCAAGAACCACUUCCACGGACAGAUUUAUUCUUAAAUUGCUUGUACAUAAGAAGAGAACUUGCCGCAUCCACAAAUCUUCUUGUAAAUCUUUUUGUAGGUCGGAACUAAAUGAGUGGUCCCAACCUGUUGUACGAAUCAUAUAAGCAAGGCAUUCCAUUUAUUUUCUAUGGAGAGGCUCACAGUGUAUGACAGACACAGUCCAGCAAGUGCAGUGAUACAUUUGACGGUUCAGUAUUUUGCAUACAUGCAAAUGCAAUGCGUCCAGUGUAGCUCGCCUAGCUCACAACAAACUAGGCACUGCAGAUCAAAUAUGAAUCAAGAUUUAGAACUGCAUUGCUUAUUUAUUGCUUCAAAUGUUUUCAGAAUUUUUGUGGUCUAUUUAAACCAAAACCAAUGAACACAAUCUACCCAGUCAGCUGCUGACAGCGUUCCACUACCUUGUUCCUGAUGUUCCCAUUGAGAUGGAACCCACCUACAGUACCACCUAGUAAAUGGACAUAUUGGGGGUCCUAUAUAUAUAUAUAUAUUUUUGUGAAUUAAUCUUCCGAACACGCCUAGUCUUAUAUAGCAUUUUGGUAGUGUCAAUUAUGCCAAUUCACUAUUCUCAUGCAUGCAUGCUCAUUUAAGAACAGGUGGUUAUUUAGGGCAGUUUUCUGAAGUUAGGAGCAUUUGUUGAAUCCAACAUGGCACACUUGUACGAGCCAUAUGAAAGAAAAGUAUGGUAUGAGAAAUUUAUGAUAAGAAUAAAAAGAUGUUCUUGCAUGACGCCCAUUGAUUUGAAGAUAGCAAUUAGGUUUUAUUGAGAAAAUGUCGGCAUGUCUGUAAAAAAGGAAAAUAAUUGUACAAAAAUAGGAAUUCAAAAUACCAGGGCUGAAAGCAGCUUUGCUUUGCCGUUUUAUUAUAUUUAUCAUAUAGUUUUACCAUAAGACAUUAGUACUUCAGAACCUGACCUUGUACCAAUUACAGAAAUUGUGAUGGAUCUUCUGAUGGAUGGUUUUGAAUUCUGCAAAAUACAUCGUUCUGAAUAUUUAUACAUGCAAACAAGGCUUGUCUAAACAAAACUGCCUUAAAACAUUUCAAAGUCAGCUUCCUGGUGAUGUCAUCUUUAGCCCUUUAAUAGUCUUCGAGGAAACAAGGAAGAAUAUAGUGCAUACAGUGAAGAUGAAUUCAUGAGCACAAUAGGUGAACCAAGAGCAUGUUCUCGAGAUGCUAUGUUGAGAAAGGAAUCGCCCCUCCCUGCAUGGAUCCCUAUGCCUCUGCCUGUAUAAUCUUCUGUGUGUGUUUGUGGACAAAGGUAGCACAGUGGUUGGCACAAAAGGAGGUUAGGAUGGGUUGCUAGGAUGGGUCAAAUGCUAGAGGACAAAUUACCCCCCCAGUCUUCCUUUAAUUUGUUCAUAUACUGUACAUGGUGAACCUACAGUAGUGCAAAGUAAGAUGGGAUUUUACUUGGAGCUUACUAAAAAUACCCAUAAUUUUCUUUCACUUCAAAUUCCCAAGCCGGUUUCCUCCCGUGUUUAUUUCCGAUUGGAGUGUACAACAGCAGGUGCACUCAAAUCCUUCAUGGGUUUUUGUUAUAGCAGUGGAUUCAGUUCAGUUGUAUUUCAGCUUCAUUAUAUUUCUGCCAUUACUGCAUAUUGUAUGGUGCUUUAUCAUGGUACUUCUACAAAUUGCUAUCACAGUGAAUUUAUGUGAAAUACAUUUUUCAAGGUCCUAUAUUUUUUUCUGAAGUCAAAAGGCAGGGUUAAUCGAUUAAGCGGUUUACCAUAACAGACACCUGAAAUAGCCAACAUCUUUUUUUUUUAUGAAAUCCUGCAUUAUAGCAUAAGCUAUAAUUAGUUGAAAACAUAACUGUUAGUUAUGCAUGCAAUAAAAACGAAUGUCGCAAGGAACAUUAUUAUACAUUUUAUAAUAGAUCAGUGGCCAGUUUAACUUGCAGAAGUCUAUUACUGCAUUUUGCAAUUCUGCAAUGAGAAACACAAUAAAAUCUACACAUUGUUUGUAUAGAUAGAACAUCAUAUUAGCCCACUUCUUAUAGGAGAUGUGUAUGUUCUCUUUGUGAAAGCACUGCCUUCUGUGGGUGCUCAAAAAUGGCAGGCAGUCGUCAUGAAUGUCACGGAAUCUCUUUGUAUAGCACAAUAUGAGGAAGUAUGAAUAAUGUAAUGCUCAAAAUGUGGUAUUGCACAUGCAGGUGUCUGUGAAAACGUGAUAAAUUGUUAUGAACUUGGAAAUGAUUAUAUCAUUCAUGACAAAUGCUAUGCUAUGACGGUACUGACAUGCAUACACAGCAAGUCCACUUGCUCACAUAUUUAGAAGGCUGAAUGGCGGAAUGUCUCUCCAUUUGGCUAAACUAUUGUGAUGUUAGGUUUAUAGGCCAUUAAUUUGAGCUUGUAACGUUUCCAUGUUUUUAGAAGCUGCAAAAGAUUUGAUUAGUCAGAAAAUGUGUUUUUGUUUUUAUAUUUUUGUGAUAAUGUUUGAUAAAACCAAAUUUUAAAGAAUGAGCUUUAUAUGAGUAUUAAAGGAAAAUGCACUGCAAAAAAGUCUGUCUUACAAGAGCUUUAGUCCUGUAUUGAGACUUAAAAUCUUUUUUUAUGCCAAGUAGAAAAUAUUGACUUGCUUUAAGUUACUGUUUGCUUAACAAGUACAUUUUCUUACCCCAUUGGCAAAUCUUGAAAUGAGUCAAAAUGUUUCAAAUGUUUUCAAAAUGUUUCAAAUGUUUUGUAUUUUUCAGCAAAAAGGUAAUCGAACUAAGAUUUUAAGUCUAAAUAUGAAACUAAAAUACUUGUUGAGACUGACUUAUUUUUUGGUUUUUGUAGUGUUCUGACAGUUGUUGGGGAUGAGACAACCCUAGGAACAGAAUUAGUCUGGAGAAAUCUUAGAGGGAAUUAUUCAUUGGGACAAUGAAUCCUCAUUCAUUCUCAGCCUUUUUUUCAUUUUAGAAAAUGAAAGCUUGAUUUCUGUUUGAGAAUGUCAUUGUACUUUUUUACAUUAGUACUGUAACUGAGUGUACUCAAUGCAGUUUUAGUACAAAAUCAUUGUAAUUCUUUCAUUAACAAAAGCAGGAGUCUCUUGUAUGAGGCUGUCUAUGAAAUGUCUUUGUUGUUUUCCCCUAGGUCAUAGUGUACUUACUGCUUUCAAAUGAAACUGAUUUCUGUUCAUUUGAGUUUAUUUAAAUGGCACUGUUGCGAGAGAACAAUAUGGCACAAACAUUCUAUUUUAUAAGGUAAUAUUUGGAAAACCUCUGUAUAAUCUUAAUGUAUUUUUCCCUCUUUGAAAUGGCAUUUUUUGAGUUGCAUUGACAGUUAUUAGACGAUAUGUUGUUCGUAGACAACAUGCUGUCCUAUAACUAUCAACGUACCUCACUGACAUGAACAAAUUUGAAUCGCUUUUUGCUUAAAUGAUCAUGUUUUUAAGGUAAAUCAAAUAUUUAUUUAAAAAUAAAUAAUUCCAAAAAUCUUUUACAUUUGGUUGAAUUGAACUUGUUUCCAUCCUGUCAAAAACUGCAUUAUGCAUAUUAUACAUGGCUCAAUACCAAUGCAACUGUGUUGCAGGUGUCAUAUCGUGAUCGUCAGAGUUCCUUUCCAUGUACCUACUUGAGCAUAAACACAGGGAUGCAUUCAAAUUUGGCACAACAAUCAGUGUUGCUAAUUUAUUUCACAGAAGAAUCAAAUCACUCCAGUAAGUUCAUACUGUUAGUUUGAUUUUGAAAAUGCUGUAUUUUUAUAAACAAUAAAUACAGUGAAAUUAGA